AUGGUUUUCCUCGAUUCGGCAGAGCUUCGUCCUCCCCCUCUGCCUCUUGCAGCAGCCAAUCAGUGAGAAACGGCCACGCCGAGCGAAAACUGUGCACCCAUCUUUGCCCUUUGCCCGUUGCAUGUAGAGUCGUGGAGUUGCUGGACCACACGGCAGCGAAGAUCUUGUACGAUGGCCGGCUGUUCUUGUUGCUUUCCCCGACCCAGGACGGCGGGAGCUGGGGAGCCUUCAAGGCAUCCAUUCGUUCCUCCUUCUUGCUCCUCUAUGCCGACGAGCCGUCGCCACACGCAUCUCCUGUCUUCCCUACUGACAAUCAGCAGCAGCAACAGCACCAGCAAAUCGACAGGUGGGCAGACCACUGAUCUCUUCAUCUUUGCAAUGAGGAGUCGAGAAUUGUCGCUUGUCCGUGCUGGUCUGUCUGUCUGUCUGUCUGUCUGUCUGUCAGCAGUGUGGAGACCGCCAUCCUUCUCGAUGGCUGCCACGCUGACCUCGCUGAAUUGGGGCCUGAAUUCGAGGACUCAGACCACCAGAUCGCUCUGCAAACCAACCCCCAAUGGACCAGCCGCUUCGUUGCCUCCGUGUCAGGACCCUUCUUCCCCUUCUAUGUGUCUCUCGUCAAGGAGGACUCUCCUCGUGGCUCAUCUGGGUAUCUGUUUCUGGCCCGCUCAUCUGCCGAGAGAGACAACUGGCUGCGGCUGAUCAACGACCCCUUCUCUCGCGUGACGCUGAGCCACGCGCAGUCGUCUGUUGUCGCCAUCGGCCGCAAGCCGCCGCUUCGCCUGGUGGAUGGCGGCAGACGGGCUGAUGCCGCCUGCUGGGACGUCACUCGGCUGGAGCGGGAGGUGGCCGGCCUGCAGAGGAGCCUGGGCAAGCGCAACACAGAGGCGGCGUCCUGCCAGGCGGCGAUGCAAGAGCUGCUGAAUGAGAAGACGGCCCACAUUGAGAGACUGCGAAGGGAAUACGGGGCGAUGAAGGAGAGGCUCACAGAUCUAAUGCGGGCCGACGAGCAGCGGCUGGCAACGGUGCAGAGGUACGACACGCGCAUCGCUGCGCUAGAGGAGGACAACCGGCGGCUGAGGCAUGUCAUCAGCCAAGUGGAGGAGGAGAACUCCCGCGUCAAGGAUGACAUCGAGUGGUCCUGGGACGAUGACCAGGGAGAGCAGACGACAGCGGCUGUUGGGCAGCCAGAGGGGAGAGACAGCCAGGUGCCGACGUCCACCGCCGCGCGCAUCGUCAAGCUCAGGACGGCAAACGCCGAGCUGAGGGCCGAGAACAAUCGGCUGAGGUGAGUGAGACACGAACACACACACCUUGAUCAGACUUCUUUGUGUCUGGUCUGUUGGCAGGAGUGUCCUGUCUGAUAAGCGACACGACGAGAAGGACUGCCUGGCCCACAUUGAGAGUUUCCUGGACGAGCGGCAGGGGCUGUCGCUGCUGCGGCUGCUGAUGGACAAGAGUGCCCUCCUCGUGAGACACACAAGGACGCCAGAGACAGACAGACGGUUUGUCCGUGUGUGUGUCUGUCUGUAGGGACGGCUCACUCAGCGAGGCCUGACGGCCAUUCAGAAGGAACACACCCACAGAAGGCAUUCAAGAGACACAGAGGAAACGAAACACACAUGUGCACGAUGCGGCAUGAUGUGUGUGCGUGUUCGUGUGUGUGUGAAUGCAGGUUGGCAGCGGUUUCGGCUGAGUAGGAUGUGUGUGUCAAGGAGGUCGAGUCGAGACAUUUGCAGCUCCGGACACUCUUGCUGGAGACGGAACUGAGGUAGCCUACUUGCGUGUGACAGUGGCUCACUCCUGCACCCGCCUCUUGUCUAUCAGCCACUGGGAAGACUCGGUGCCGCCUGCACUGCACAAGGGACAUCCGCCGCAUUUGUCCAUCGUCGAACAGGUCGGCACCGCUCAUUUGUGCCGCACAUCUUUGGUGUGUGUUGUAGGCUGUGUGUGUGUGUGUUGUGAUUGGCAGGUGGUCAAGUAUCAGCAAGAGAUGCUUCGAAUUGCGACUGGAGAAGCGCACGGGUGA